AUGACGUUACCACGGAAUGGCGUCGUUUUACGUCUCUUAAAAUUUUGCACUUUACAACACGAAAACGUCACCGUUUUCUCUGUGCAAGUGCCAUCCUCACUCUCUGAAAGAAUUCUACGAACCAGAGAUAAGUGCUGGAGUCCAUGCCCGCUAGCUUCUGCGAUCUUAAAAGAGAGAGAGAUGGGUUCGUAUAGAUGUUGUGUGCUGGUGUUGUGGGUUGCUGUUAUAUUACAGAUUGUUUCAUCAAAAGAGCAACUGAGCUCAAGGGAAUGUGAGGAUCUGGGUUUUACAGGCCUUGCUCUUUGCUCUGAUUGUAACACUUUUGCUGAGUAUGUCAAGAAUCAAGAGUUGGUGUCUGACUGUUUGAAGUGCUGUACUGAGGAUUCCGACGACUCCAUGAGCAAGAUUACUUAUUCUGGUGCAGUACUGGAGGUUUGCAUGAGGAAAUUAGUGUUCUAUCCUGAAAUUGUCGGUUUCAUUGAAGAGGAGAAGGACAAGUUUCCUACUGUUAAAGUUCAAUAUAUUUUCAAUUCUCCUCCAAAGUUGAUCAUGCUGGAUGACGAGGGUAAACAUAAAGAAAUCAUUAGAAUUGACAACUGGAAACGUGAACAUGUUUUGCAGUUCCUGCGCGAGAAGGUUAAGUCAGCUUCAUACUAACAGAGUGUUUUGGUUCUGUUAAUCUCUCCUUUGAGUUGUCUUUCAUUAAUUUUUACUCCAGUUUGAUAAUCAAAUCUGACAUAAGUUACUCUCUUAUUUUCCUCUUUAUAUAUGAUGAGUUGAGAGUGGAUUCGGUUUGAUUCAGUUCAGGGUUCGGUUUUUUCCUUCUUGGAACUGAAACUGAAAACAUUUAGAAUUGAAUUAAAUUUUUCUUGAUUGGGUUCA